UACGUAUCGUCCAUUGGCACACCCGCUAUCGAUCAGUCGCGUGGCAGCCCGCCGUGUCAUGGAGGAUCUCCUGCAGCAGAUCAUCAGGGAGUCGAACAAUGCGAAAUUACAAAAUUUACGGAAAUCGGCGCAGGAAGCGUACGAUUUCUUGGGUAAACAGCAAGGUUUAUUGCGGGAUCCACCGCACGAAUUACGAGCGAAAUGCUUACACGCGCUUCAGCUAGCGCUCGAAACGAAGAGAAGCAAGUUCGUCGCUUUUGGCCUAUCGGGAUUACAUAAGAUGUUGAGGGACGAUAGAUUUCAAUCUCCAUACGAGCCAGAAGAUGAUUCUUUAUGGUUGCCAGCACAAAUGUUACAUGCAAUGAGCUCGAUGCUUUCGCAAUCGGAUGAUACUCAAACGGAUAUGCUCAAAGUUUUACUUCAAGUUGCAUGUUCCCCAUAUUGGACAAUGAAUGGUCGUUUGAUCAUUGCGAUCCUUACGACCUGUAGCGAAGCUUUCGAAAAUGGAAAUCAAGCUGUUCGUACUGCGGCACAAGCUGCAACUAGUCAAACCUUACGAUCCUUCUGUUUGUUUCUAGACGAGGAAUGUCAGGAGAUGGACGAGAAUGCGAAACGAAAUAAAAAUGUACGCGAACGUGGUGUGUCCUGCUUUAACGAGGCCUUGCCGAUUCUUCAAUAUAUUUGUAGUAAACUGGACGAAGCUCAAAAUAACGCAAGAAACGGUAGUACGGUAGUGUUUCUCUUGGAAUGUCUUCAUACCUUGAUAUCGUCGCUACCACAGAAGAUUCAUACAAACGCACAUUUCACUACCUUUCUAUGGCAAAAAUUUUGUCCAGCUUUAAUAGCUUUUCUAGGAACACCUAGAGUAGACAAAACUUUUACAUCAAGAGAGGGUAAGGAAACCGAAGUUGGUAGAGGAUCAGGUUAUCUUGCUACAUCUUUGAGUUUUGACAGUCAUCAAGCAAAAACUGUGUACAGCAUUGGAACGGAACUUGUAAGACUAGUAGGGUGUGUAGGUCCUCUGAGACCAGUGUUAGAAUCUGUUUUCCACAGAAUGUUAUUGUAUCCUCCACCUCAGCAACGUUUAGAACCCUUGAAAGCAUUGAAAGAAUUAUUACAUAGUCCUAGUCGUAUGGUCGACUUUGCUGGUCCUUUGCUUGUCGAGGAAGAUCGUUCGAGUCAUAUACAAAGCGAUAUGGCAUUAAUGAGACUAGCAAUGGAUUCGAUCGAAGAAUCAACCACAGGAGGAUUGUCUAUAUUGCAUGCCAGUGUCUCUUGCGUAGUCGCAAUGCUUUCGGCACUUCAAGAACUUUGUGAGGGCAAGGCUAUUAAUCAUAAUUACACUUGCACGAUCAAUAGCUUGUACGAGGAUUUGGAAUCUUGUGAUUACCGUGGACCUCUGACCUAUCAGAGUAUGGCGAGAUUGCCAAAAACUUAUAGGGAACAAUUAGAGCUAAUGAAGAAAGGUAUAGGUUCGGAUUCAGAUUCGUCAGGUCAUGGACCAUCUGAAGACGGUGAUUCAACGGAUACUGAAGGUCCUCAAAAUGAAUCGGAUGAGGUGCACGAGGAGAACAGUCUUGAUGAUAAUGAUUAUGCUAUCGAGAAUGAAAGGGAAAGACUUAGAUUAGAAAAGUUACCGAAAUGUCUUCACGUAGGUCGACAAGUUGCUGAUGAGUGCAAUGUUGACGUAGAAAGACAUAAUGCAAGACGAUUUGUCAAAACGUUACGAAGCGAUCUAAUACCGAUGGUGCUAACGCUUAGGAGUAAUAUUGAAGUUGAUGAAGCUUUGCAAAAUUUUGCUUCGGAAUAUUGUCAAGAAGUAUUUGCAGCUCAACAAAAAAUACAAGAACGAACAGAGUCUAGUACAGAUUCCUGCGCAUUAAUUACGAUCAUGAAUGCCGAUGGAAUUUAUUUGGCAACUUACGCGGCAUUGCUGCUUAAUCUCAAACUCAUUAGAAUGAAUUAUUAUAAUGAAGAUAGUCGUCAAGUACCGAUCAGCGAGGAACAAUUCGUCGAAGAGGUACACGGUUCUGGUGUAUUAGUUUAUUUAUCAGCUACUUGGCUCUCAGAAUUAUAUCAACAAGUGCUCGCUUGUAAUUUGCUUGAAAAAUGUGGAUACAAUCCAAACUCAACUGAAAACAGUGCAUUAGUGAACGUUCUCACUGACGUCGAUGGUAUUCCUGGUAGUCAAAGAGGAGGACAACUUUUGUCGGAUUAUAUAAGAUUAGAAAAAGCUCAACUUUCUCGAAGCGAACCGACUCCCGAAGCUGAAGCUGGUGCAAAACUUUCUAGACGUGUACUUACUUGUUGUUGGGGAAGUAUGAUGGCUGUUCUUUCAACUGGGCUUAAUCCUCCAAAGGAAGAAAAUAAUAAAGGGAUUUUGAAUAGAGAUGGUGGGAGGAGAGAAAUAAGGGAUACGGUAGUGUUGUCUUUGGAAGGCCUUCACAAAGCAGCGACUUUGAGCAAUAUUUUAGGCUUGCAAAAUCGAUGCGGAUCUAUUUUUGCUCUAUUAGCGAAGGCUGCGUGUACAGAACAAUCCAUAUCAAAGAUAACUCGUACGAAAGAUGUUCUUCGAUUGAAAUUACAAAACAGGGCAACAAAUCUUCACACUUCACACGCUUUGAGCAUGGAUGUUCUUUUAGGUAGAGGACUGGAACUUGGUAGUCAUGGUAGUGACUGUUGGCCUCAUGUUUUUACGUGCUGUUUGUAUGUGAGUAAAUUAGAACACGAUUUCUUUGGUCGAAAUCAAAAUCCAUCCCUUCCUAAGAUCCAUCAAAAGAAGGAAAAAAAAGAAUCUGCGAAUGGUGAUGUUAAAGGUAGCCAAGAUAGAUUACGACUCAAUUUUAAUAUUGUUGAUGAGGAAGAAACUUGCGUUGAUGUAUAUAGUUUUCUAUCAAGUCCUUAUACCCAAAAUCCAAGUUCAGACACGAUACCAGAAAUCAUUCAAGAAUCGAAUGCCGAUAAUCAAUUCAAUGGCAUUUUACCAGUGGAUUAUGCGGCCAAGAUAAUUUGUGUUCUCUCUCAACAAGUGGACAGAUUGUUCGAAGAUGCAGCUUUAAAAUUAAAUCUUAAAGCUCUUUGUCUAUUCCUUACAGCACUUUGUAGAGCGAGUAAAGCACAAUUGUUUAAAACCACUGAUGGUUUUAAAGACAGCAAAAGAUUUUGGUGGAGAAGAAGCAAACCAAGGGAGAACGAAUUAAACGUAUUGCUGUUAACACGAUUAGGGGAAGUUAUGUUAAAGUGUGUUAAAAGUGGAAGGCCUUUGAUUCAUAUAAUGAGAGUUUGGAGUAUUUUGGGUCCUCAUUUCAUGGAAGCAGCCUGUCACAAAGAUCGUAGUAUCUCAAAAAAGGCGGUACAAUGUAUUCACGAUUCGAUGGCUGCUUUGUUAAACGAACAAAUAGAACUACCACAUUUUCAUUUCAACGAGGCUCUUUUUAAGCCCUUUGAAAAUCUGCUCUGUUUAGAACUUUGUGACGGCGAUGUCCAAGAUCAGAUCGUUAGCUGUAUUUGCGAAUUCGUGGAGACCAAUCGAACGGAGAUACGUUCAGGAUGGCGACCGUUGUUCGGUGCACUUCGAGUCGCAUCGGUUGGUAAUUCGGAAUCUGUGGAGUCUGCACCACUCUUAGAAGUCUUCAGGGUUUUUCUAUCGACUGACAAUACUUUAGUAUUCGCGAAUGCAGCAUUGGAUUGCAUACUUUGUCUUCUUAGACACGUUAGAGGUAUCGGAGAUAACGAGGCUCAUCAGGACGAACAGGAUCAAAUCGACGUCGCGGAAUCUCGACGAAUGAGGCUCUGCGUGGAGAGUUUGAAGUAUCUGUUGAGUUGCAGCGACAUAUUGGCAUCGAUGUAUCGUAUGCCAGCUUGUCCGAUCUUUCAUUCGGCUCAGAGAAUUCAAGUCUCGACGAUUCCCCAAUACGUAGACUCGACGAUUCCUAAUAUGGAAAUGCCAAGGUUUGACAUAGACUCCGACUCGAUGAUGCAAGGAAUUAUUUCCGAAAAAUCUUACGAAAUACUUUCAUCUUUACCCGGAAAUGAAUCUUACAACAGCAUGACAUUGCAAAGUAUGGACAAGCCAAGCGGGAUUCUUCGAGUAUGGUACAUUCUUAUCGAGGGUCUAGCUAGUGCUACGAUGAUAUGUCCUAGACGUUAUCAACCGCAUACUUUGGAGACAUUGUUCCAUCUUUUACGCGACAUUCUCAACGUACCUGGGGCAUCUUUCGGACUCUAUUGCGUGAACCAUUUACUCUUACCGAUGGUACAGAAUUGGUUAAGGAAAACUUCAAAGAUCUUCAGGGGUUGGGAUAACUUCGCACCAAAUUUCAAACAGUGUUGCGGCCUCACUACCGAUUUAGUAGUCGACUAUUUGACACACCUGCAAGGUCCCGAAGUCGUUAGAAACGACACCUAUUUGCCAGCUACGACGUUGAUGUUGAAACAGCUUUUACUGGUAAUGGGGGAAUGCGUCGUUCAACCCACAGAGAGCAUAGCCCGUCUCGGUUGCGCUUGCAUCAGACACGUUUUGGUAAGCAGCGGUCCGAUACUCACUUCUGAACAAUGGGAGGUCUGCGGUGUAGCUUGCUACCGUGCCUGUUCAAAUUCGCUUCAAGAGUUACGCCUGUUGACCAUGGCUUUCUCACCAAGAUCGGAAUCUUUCUACGGUGACAUCGCACAGGUGAAGGUCGCUGCCCGUCGGGAUGCAACGCCCGAGGAAACCGAAAGAUUACGGCAGCUUGCUGCUCAGGUGUUCCUCCUGGAGGAACAGCGUGCUGAAGAUAACUCAAGGUCACCCGAUGAGAGAUCGUACGUCUUCCUCGUGUAUCCACCAGCCGUGGGUGCCACUCUUAAUCCCGAUCUAUUCAUCGUCAGGAUUCAAUUACGUGCUUUGGUGGUUGGUCUUUUGGUUCACCAAAUGCUACUGCACUGUGUCGCCUGUGUUCUUCUUCAGGGUGCUAAUCCUUCGAUUUCGAGCUUAUCGCACGUGAUCCCACAUGCAACAGCAUCGGUCUCUUAUAAAUCAUCCGAGGCUAUUAACCCUUCCUACAUGAAUUCACGACACAUCGAGAUUUUUCUAUCAGCGUUGGAUCUAUCCUACGCCGCAGCCUUGAAAUUCGAUUGUCGACCUGGCUUGAAAUUCUUAGUCCAGAAGGUAGCUGAUCUCGAACAACCUGCGAAUCUCUAUCGACAAGCUGGAGCUGCUUGGACCAUUAAGUUCAUCACCCUGUUUGAAUUGUUUCUUCGUGAGGCCGACGAAACUGUAUUGGAUCUCGACUACGUUAAAAAUUUUCUAUCCAAUGGUAGUAAAAAUGACGAUGAGUCCGACUCGAAGUAUCAGAAGAUAAAGAAAUAUCUGAGACAGAUUCAAUCGACUUUUGAGGAACUUUGCGACAUGUACGUGGAGGUAGUUCGCGAUCACGAUGGAAAAUAUACAAAAGCUGACAGUUUCGCUGAAAGGAAGAUAUUUCUUUUGGUUGCACAACCUGACGAUUAUCCUGAAAUCACGAGGAAGGAACCGAUUCAUGACAGAGUUAUUACGAGCACACCAGCAUCUACGGAAUUACGUGUGCAUAAUCCCUUGAUAAACAGGGAUGAGGAUCAGGUCAACGAUGUCGAAGAAAACGAAGAUCCAGAGGAUCUCGAAGAUCCGGAAGUUUAUAAUCCUAGUUUGGACGACGAAAGUGGCUUGGAGGAACUUGGACCGGAAUGUGAAAAUGAUCUUAGGCCUUUCAGACUGUCGGACUUGGCAGCUGAAUAUUCAACGGACUCUGGUCCUCAGUCAGAGCCUGAAACGGAUGAUUCUAGGCCAGCUUCCAGACUAGGUUCUGUAACGGAAAGGAUAGUAUACUUCGAUCGAUCCGGAGGUACCUCCAGUGAAGGUUACGUCGAUGCCAAACUCGUAGCUAUGACACCAGCGCCUCCAGAAAUGAUAAACAGCCAAAACCAAUUGUAUCCUCUUUGGAGAACGACUUCGUCACCCGAUACUUCUGGCAUAUCCGCACCCGAAGUCAAAUUACCGAGUAGCAACGCGACCUUGAACGAUGCUAUCGAGUAUGAGAAACCAUCUAUCCAACGACGAAAAAGCGAGGCUUCUUUACUCUCUAAAAGAACGUCCCUCAAAUUCAUAAUGACCGCUGAUCUUGAAAAUUUCAACGAUCUCGUCAGCUUCGAUCCUACAAAUUUACGUUCGAAAUCAGUGAUGGAGUUACGAAGAACCCGAGAUUCGUCGGUUCCCCAAUCUCCUAAGAUCAUUCACGAGACAUCGAUUUCUUGCGAUUCGAAGGACGAAGACGACGACGAGUCGAUCGAUCAUUCUUAUAAAAAUUUUAACAAUAUCGACGAACUUUUGCGCGAUUACGAACGUAGCAAACGAGGAUUUAGAACUAAUCCGUUUUUAAAGGACGAGGAAGACGAUGUCGAUAAUUUUCUCGACGAUCGACAAUCUGUUAAUCGUGAGAUUGAAUUUAGAAAAAAGACUAACGUUAGCAAGGACAGCGAGGCUCAUAGGAAAGCUUGGGCGGAAACUUUGAGUACGGCACUCGAAUGGAUUUUAGCGUUACCGGACGAACGGUUGGCGCCGUUACUUCCGGUUCUGGUGCGUGGCGUCAGGAUUCUUACCAGGCAUGCUAUCGAUCAGAUCUUGAAACAACGACUUUCAUCUCUCUUUCACCGUAUCGCUGUAUUUUACGGACUGACCAACAACUAGGAACAGCUACAGCUCAUCUGGGAGCAAAUGUUUUUUUCUAUGGCCCAUUAAGAACUUCCCAAGGAGCAUAUUCUGGAUGAGCUACAAUUUUUUUUCGGGAGAAAAAGAAAGAGAGAAAGAGAGAAAAAGAUACAGAAAGAAGAAUAGGAGAGAGAGAGAGAGAGAGAGAGAGAGAGAGAGAGAGAGAGAGAGAGAGAGAGAGAAAACAUUAUGUAUUAGAAAUGAACGAACGUAUGUGACAACGAAAGGAAGUAUUAGAAGAUUCGUUCCUCUUAAAUUUCCAAUUGCUUUAUCAUUACUUUGGAUUGCAUAGAAAUUAAAAAGGUCAUGGAUAUCUUCUUCUUAUUUGUUUUUACGAGAAAUUUUUCUGUUCGUUAAAAGAAAAUGAAACAAAAAGAGAGAGUGAGAUAGAGAGAGAGAGAGAGAGAGAGAGAGAGAGCUAUAGGAAUAGAAUGAAAUCUAAAAUCAAGAUAGAAAUUUAUAAAUUAGUUAAAUAUACAUAUAUACGAAUAAUUCGUAAUAGAUUGAAACAACUAUCGAGUCGCUUUAUUCAGGACGAUAGAUAAUAAUGGUGUCCGUGAUUUCUGAUCGACAACUAGCAAUGAACGACCGAUAGCAGUUUCUCGUUACUUUUCUCGGUCAUAGAAAGACGGUGUCCUGUUUCCUGACACGAAUCUAAGCCCUAUCUCUAUUUCGUCAUACGUUUGAACCACCAUCAACGUAAGACAAGAAAGAGAAAGAGAGAGAGAGAGAGAGAGAGAGAGAGAGAGAGAGAGAGAGAGAGAGAGAGAGAGAGUGAGUGAGUGAGAGAAAGAGAGAGAGAGAGAGAGAGAAAGAAAGAGAAAAGAAUUUUAUUUACGAUUUACUUCGCACGCACAUCUCGAUUCUCCUUUUAUGCUCCUUGCGCUUAACUGUAGUUUGCGGUCCAGUCGCAGCCAGCUAUGCUGUUGUUGUACGUACAUAAUACAUACGUUGUAUCUUUUUCCACAUCCAACGCAUAAGAAGACAAACAUAAGUGCGACGAAUCCGCGCCAGCAAGUGUUUGACAGAAAACGUUCGAGUACGUACUUAAAACGAGCCAUUUCAAUGUAUUUUUUUCAUCUUCUUUUUUUCUUUCUCUUCUUCUUUUUCUUUUUCUUUUCCUUCUCCGUUGCUUCUUCUCCUAUAGUCUCCUCUCUCUUCUCUUGUUAAUUUAUUAAUUUAUUUAUUUAUUUAUUUAUUUAUUUACUUAUUUACCUAUUUUUUUUACUUAUCGUUUUGUUUAUUUAUUUAUUACACUUUUAAAGAAUAUCUUUUGUAAUAUUAUUUAGAUGUAUUUAUACCUUCCCUCGUUUCGUUGAUAAAAAUGAAGAGAGUUUUUAGAGUAGGUACGGCCUAUUUGGAGCAAAUCCAAAUUAGAACUAGAACGAACUAGAAAGGAGAAGGAAAAUUAGUAGAAGCGUAUUAUUUGAUGUGAUGCGACGAUGAAAAGGAAAAAAGAAAAAAGAAAAAAAGAAAAAACAAAAAGACAAGAAAAGACAAGAAAAGAAAAGAAAAAAAUUUUAAAGAACUACGCGACAGCUUUUUAAAUAUAAAGAUUCGCGAUAAAUAAAUAGUUUCUUCUAUUAGAAGCUCCAGAAGAAAAAAAAAAAAAAUACAUUUUACGUGCUCCCAAUGCGUCGUAACUAUUCCUGUUAAUUUACACCUAGCGUUAUCAUGUUUUAUUGUAAAUAGUCUAAACGUUAUAAGAGAUGAAAAUUGAGAAGGGACUAAUAUACGAUCGACGUUUGGCAAUGUCUCGUCCGUCUUUUAAAGUUUAACUGUACGUUUUGAAAUUAAAAAUUAUUUAUUAUUUUUCUACGUAUCCAAUUUAUCGACCACACGCGUUGCUUCUAAAUUAGAGAGUACGGAGGAUUACCAAACGACGAUUUGCUAUUCGUAUUAAGAAGAAAAGAAUAAUAAAGAAUAAAAAAUCAACUCACUAUUAAUGUGAAUGUACGGUACAUGUUAUAAAUGUUUGUUGAUCGUUAGAUCGUUUAACGAAAGGAGCAAAAGUUUCGAUAAUACGAUAAUUGAUAAUAAAACGUGCCUAUGUAUUCUCCCGUUUUUUCAAUGUGUCCAAUCCAUCGUGUGUAUAUAUAUAUAUAUAUACACAUAUGUAUAUGUAUAUAUGUACGUACGUAUGUAUGUGUGUAUAAAUAUACAAAGAGAAAGAGAAAUAUAAAGAACGGUAUACGAAGAAAACUGAUACACAAGCGUAUGCACACGAACACACACAUACACACACACAUACACACACACAUACACAAUACAUAACUCACAUUCACACAUACCUGAUAACUUGACUUCGUCUGUGGUUAUGCAACAGUAUUCUAAACUAAAUUUAUCAUAAUCAAAAUUGUGUAAAAGAGAACGUUCAAGCAAGCAAGCAAGCAAGCAAGCAAGCAAGGAACAACUGCGACUGUACGUGAGAAGAAAUAAAUACGGUGAGAAGAAAAUUCGA